AUGUCGAGCACCGCCGCCGCCUCCCGCCGCUUGUCGUCGUCGGCGGCGACCGCGACGGCGAAGCGCCCGGCCAUGGCGGAGAACGCCGGAGGAGCCAAGCCGGCGGGCCGGAUGGCCGCGCAGCAGCCGAAGAAGCGCGUGGCGCUGGGCAACCUCACCAACGUCGCUGCCGGGGCCGUGGGGAGGACCGGCUGCGGGAAGGUCGCGGUGGUCACGGCGGGCAACGCGAGAUUGCAUUCAGCUACAUCAACUGUACCUGUGAAGAAGGGAUCUUUGGCAAGUGCCCGAAAUGUAAUCACAAAUCGCGGCUCGGCUGUGAAAUCGGUUUCCACCAGGCCAACUCCGGUCACAUCUUGCCGUGGGAGCACCACACAGAAGGAGAUUGUUCCUCCCCCUAAGCUGCCUGCUGCCAUGCCGAUUGUCGCGCCUCCCAUUGUACCCUGCAGCAGCUUUGUGUCUCCUCGACACUCAGCAGAUUCUAUGUCCACUGAUGAGACGAUGUCGACAUGCGAUUCCAUGAAAAGCCCUGACUUCGAGUACAUUGACAAUGGGGACUCCUCGGUGCUCGAUUCUUUGCAGCGACGGGCAAAUGCAAACCUGCGUAUCUCAGAGGAUAGCGAUGUUGAAGGAGCUAAGUGGAAGAAGGAUGCUACUGCUCCAAUGGAAAUCGACACGAUUUGUGAUGUUGAUAAUAACUACGAGGACACACAGUUGUGUGCAACUCUUGCUUCUGAUAUCUACAUGCACUUGCGAGAAGCUGAGACAAGGAAAAGACCAGCAACUGAUUUUCUAGAAAAAAUGCAAAAGGAUGUAAACCCAAGCAUGAGGGCUAUUCUGAUUGACUGGCUUGUAGAAGUUGCUGAAGAAUAUCGUCUUGUUCCUGAUACGUUAUACCUGACAGUCAACUAUAUUGACCGUUAUCUUUCCGGCAACGAGAUCAAUCGUCAAAGGCUGCAAUUACUUGGUGUUGCUUGCAUGCUUAUAGCUGCUAAAUACGAGGAGAUAUGUGCACCCCAAGUAGAAGAAUUCUGUUACAUCACCGACAAUACAUACUUCAAGGAUGAGGUUUUGGACAUGGAAGCUUCCGUCCUUAAUUACCUUAAAUUCGAGAUGACUGCACCUACACCCAAGUGCUUUUUGAGGAGAUUUGUCCGGGUAGCACAAGUAUGCGAUGAGGAUCCAGCUUUGCAUCUUGAGUUCCUUGCCAAUUAUGUAGCUGAGCUAUCACUACUUGAGUACAGUCUACUUGCUUACCCUCCUUCACUUGUAGCGGCCUCAGCUGUUUUCUUGUCAAAGUUCAUACUGCAGCCAACAAAGUGUCCCUGGAAUUCCACCCUUGCGCACUACACACAAUACAAGGCAUCAGAGCUGUGCGAUUGUGUGAAGGCGCUGCACCGCCUUUUCAGCGUCGGUCCUGGGAGCAACCUCCCUGCAAUCAGAGAAAAGUACAGUCAACAUAAGUACAAAUUCGUCGCGAAGAAGCAAUGUCCACCUUUGGUGCCUGCAGAUUUCUUCAGAGAUGCGACAUGUUAGACAAUAGAAGGCCCAGGAGUAGUCAGAGUUGAAUUCUUGGUCCUGCGGCUCAAAAUUCGGAGCUGUGCCUCUGAUCCUCGCAGAAGGUAGCUUGAUCACAAGGCACGCCGACGAUGCCCUUGUCUUCGGCGAGUGUAGAUUGUAGACUGAUGCCGAUAUCUUUGUGGUAGUGUUAUAGUAGUGGUGUGCUUCCUUGACCUGUCCUUUCUCUGCUGUUUUUCUUUCUUUCUGUACCUACAGUCUAGAGUGUAGACCCCCUCAGGUUUUUCAGGUGCGUCGUGUACAUUGGAGGGCCCUGCAGCAGAAGCAUAAACAGCUUGUUUGUAAAAUGGCAUAAGACUGGAGUCACUUGGCCAGCCUGUUGCUGGGUGGGUGCUGCUCCCAUGUAUGAGAAUGCGGUGGCAUUGUUGUUCUGAUAUACUCCAUAUCUUAAAUAAGAGUGCCUCAUUUUAACUGUUA